CUUCACAUGGCCACCUUCUCUAUGUAUGUCUUUCUGUGUCCUCUCCUUUUCUUAUAAGGGCACCAAGCUUUGGUCUUAGGGCCCACAUUAAAUCCAUGAUGAUACCUUCUCAAGAUACUUAAGUAAUUAUAUCUGCAAAGGCCAACUUCCAAAUAAAGUCACCUUCACAGGUAUGAAUAAAUCAUCAGAAUGAGAUCUUACCAUCCCAAAGCAGUGUUUUCAUUGGAUUCAAGCUUUCACCUAUUCAUAUCUAUCACUCAGGGUUCAAAGAGAGAAGUGGAACCACAAAUGGUAUAGGUAUAUAGAUAUAUUGGAACAGGAAUGGAUGGGAAGAAAUGCAGCGUAUGGAUGUUUUUACCUCUUGUAUUUACUUUAUUUACUUCGGCUGGAUUGUGGAUAGUAUACUUUAUAGCUGUGGAAGAUGACAAAAUUUUCCCAUUAAAUUCAGCUGAAAGGAAACCUGGUGUGAAGCAUGCACCAUAUAUAAGUAUUGCAGGUGAUCAACCUCCUGCAAGCUGUGUGUUUAGUCAAGUCAUGAACAUGGCAGCAUUCCUAGCUCUUGUGGUAGCUGUUCUGCGCUUCAUACAACUGAAACCAAAGGUUUUAAACCCGUGGCUGAAUAUUAGUGGAUUGGUGGCCCUGUGUCUGUCUUCCUUUGGAAUGACCUUACUUGGUAAUUUUCAGCUCACGAAUGAUGAAGAAAUCCAUAAUGUUGGCACCUCCUUGACCUUUGGAUUUGGCACAUUGACAUGCUGGAUCCAGGCUGCAUUGACACUCAAAGUCAACAUCAAGAAUGAAGGACGCAAAGUUGGAAUCCCACGAGUUAUUCUCUCAGCAUUGAUCACGCUCUGUGUGGUCCUCUACUUCAUCCUCAUGGCCCAAGGCAUCCACAUGUACGCAGCCAGGGUCCAGUGGGGCCUGGUCAUGUGCUUCCUGUCCUACUUUGGCACCUUCGCUGUGGAGUUCCGGCAUUACCGUUACGAGAUUGUUUGUUCUGAGCACCAGGAGAAUUUCCUAAGCUUCUCAGAAAGCCUGUCCGAAGCUUCUGAAUAUCAAACUGACCAGGUGUAACCUAUCAGUUUUUCCUUGCUGGUGAGCUGGGUGUGACAGUGGGGGAGGGGCCAGGAGGGCACACCCACUGGACUUGACACAUAACCUCAUGACACAGUUUA